CUCUCAGUGUCUCUCUCUCAUACAUCGACAACAUUUCAAUCUUCUCAAUUACUGCUUUGUAAAUGAUGUUUCCAUCAAGAUUGCAAAUGAGUGUAGAGUCACCUUUUUUCCUCGAUGGAUGGAUGAAAAGUAGGGUUUGCUGUUGACUUUGUGACAGUGACCAAAUACCAACUCGCAUUUCAUAAUAUUUUGAUGGGGUAAGACAAAAUUAUAUGGAGGCCAAGAAAUGAAUUCAAAACCCUAGCUCGACAUACCAUACUAGAAAUUCAGGAGAACCAUUUAGCAAUAUAUAUAUAUAUAUAUAUAUAUAUAUAUAUAUCUUCACAUGGCGAGUACUUGGAGUGGAGGAGAAAGUUAUCUGGGAUCAUGGGUCAUCGCUGGAACAGAAGUUACAGAACUCUCAACUGACAGCAACAGGAAGCUAGUUUGAUGCAUGGAAAUAAGAACAGGAGUACUAAAUCCCAGUGAUAAGCUAACUGAAGUUGCAAAACUUCAAAGCACAAGGAUGGAAAGAAUAGAUACAGCAAAUCAUGGGCUUGAGAUUGAACAGUCUACUUCAAUUGAUAGUCAGGAUCCUGAUGUCCCAUUGGCAAAUUCCAUUACAGAAAUGAUAGAUAACCUUUCUCCUCUAUCACCUAAUUGUUGUAUCUAUAGAGUUCCCAAGAAAUAUCGCAACAUAAAUGAAAAGGCGUACACACCGCAGAUAGUUUCUAUUGGCCCCCUUCAUCAUGGCAAAGAGAACUUGCAGGCCAUGGAAGAGCAUAAAUUGAGAUAUUUGCAGGUCUUCCUUAACCGUACCAGAAUGGGUAUGAAGGGCUGUAUAAGAGUGAUAAGGGAGUGGGAAGAAAGAGCUCGCAAAUGUUAUGCAGAAAGCAUUAUGCUUAGCAGUGAUGAAUUUGUGAAAAUGAUUCUUCUGGACAGCAGUUUCAUCAUUGAGGCCAUCUGGAGGUACAAUUUCUUUAUGCUGAAAGACCAAACCGAUUACUUAAAUAGGCCGCAUAUGAUAGUUGCUGUCCGGCUAGACAUGAUCUUACUUGAAAAUCAGCUUCCCUUCUUUGUUCUUGAGGAUCUUUUCAACAUAACCUUCAACUCUUACCCAAACACCCAACUUUCCUUCCUUAUGCUUUCUAUCAACUACUUCAAAAGUUUAAUGCUGAUCAAAGAUACCCACAAGGUGAUCUCAAGUUGCGAAGUAAAUCAUUUUCUUGAUUUGCUAAGGAGUUGUCACUUACCAUCAUCUCUAAGGUCAUUGCCUGCAGGUAGUGUCAAAUUUGUGGCAGUAUGUAACACAACAGAGCUCAAGGAGGUGGGAAUGAAAUUUAAGAGGGGCUCAAGUAAUCACUUACUUGACAUACAAUGUACAAUGGACGUGUUGGAAAUACCGCACCUGUGCAUACAUGAUGGGACAGAACCUCUGCUUAGAAACUUAAUUGCAUUUGAGCAAUGUCAUUAUACACUCAAUAGUUACAUAAUGGAUUAUGUUUCCUUCAUGGAUUGCCUUAUUGACACUGCUAAAGACGUGGAUAUACUUAUUCAGAAUGGAAUUACUGAGAAUCAACUAAGCUAUAGCUCUUCAGUAUCGUGUCUCUUUAACGGUCUCACGACGGAAAUGAUAUGGCAGGCUCAGAACUACUAUUUUUAUGGUAUAUGUGAAGACCUGAAUGCAUAUUGCAGGGUUCCGUGGCACAGAUGGAAGGUAACCUUGAAACGUGAUUACUUCAGCACUCCAUGGAGAAUCAUUUCGACCAUCGCUGCAGUUAUACUACUCUGUCUUACUCUUAUACAAGCCAUGUGUUCUAUUGCCUCACUGAAAACGAAGUGAUGGAAAGAGUGGACACAACAAACCAUGGAAUUGAGGAAGACGAGCAUUCUUCAAAUGUUAGCCAUGAUCCUAACAACCCAUUGGCUACUUCCAUCGAUGAUCUGCCUCAUCUAUCAUCAGAUUGUUGUAUCUAUCGAGUUCCUAAGAAGCUAAAUAGAACAAAUGAAAAUGCUUACACACCUCAAAUGGUUUCUAUUGGUCCUCUUCAACGUGGCCUGGAGAAUUUACAAGUCAUGGAAGAACAUGAAUUGAGAUACUUGAAGGCAUUCCUUGAUCGUACUAGGCUGAGUAUGGAAAGCUGUAUAGAAGCAAUAAAGGAGUGGGAAGAGAGAGCUCGCAACUAUUAUGCAGAAAGCAUUAAGCUUAGCAGUGAUGAAUUUGUUAAAAUGGUUCUUUUGGAUAGCAGUUUCAUCAUAUUGAGGUCAUUUGGAGGUACUAAUUCUCUAUGUAUAAACAAACUGAUUACUUAAAUAAGCUAAUUUUGAUAAAUGACAUUCAAGCAGACAUGAUCUUACUUGAAAAUCAACUUCCUUUCUUUGUUCUCGAGGAUCUGUUCAACCAUGCUUUCCCUCUCAACCAGAGACCCUCUUCCUUUCUUGAGCUUUCUAUCAAAUUCUUUGAUGAAUUAUUCCUUGUUGAAUACUCUGAAGUGACUGAAAAGUUAAUCAAGUUCCGGAAUAAAGCAUUUUGUUGAUUUGCUAAGGUUAUGUCACUUACCAUCAUCAUCAUCAUCAUCAUCUGUUCUAAGGUCGCAAGGCAAUUUCGUGGCAACACGGAAUGUAACAGAGCUCCACGAGGCAGGUAUGACGUUUAAGAAAGGCUCAAGCAAUCGCUUACUCGAUAUAAACUAUACAAUGGAAGUGUUGGAAAUCCCACAUUUUAUUAUAGAAGGUCGCACAGAAUCUCUACUUAGAAACCUGUCAUUAUCCUUUGGAUGGUUCCAUAAUUGAUUAUGUUUUUUUUCAUGGUUAACCUUAUUGACACUAGUGGCAGGUCUCUUUAAUAAUCUUACCACACAACUGAUUGUCAUUGAUGAAAACUACUAUCUUUGUGGUAUAUGUAAAGAGUUGAAUGCAUACAGCAAGGUUCCUUGGCACAGAUGGAAGGCGGCAUUAGAACGCGAUUAUUUCAGGGCUCUGUGGAGAACCGCGCCCACCAUUGCUGCAAUCAUCCCGCUUGUGCUUACUCUUAUGCAAACCAUCUGUUACUUUAUCUCCCUUUAGUGUUCAAUACGUGUGUGUAAGUACUUCCAUUAUGCCUUGUACUGAAUGAUUUUCCCAUUACUAGUUCUAAAAGGAGUGUUGUUAAUUUACAGAA